UUGUCCUUUGCAAUAAAUAAUAAAGCUCAGAUGUUCUUCAUAGUGACUCCUAUGCAACUGAAAUCCCCAACACCCAUGUUGGGGUUUAAAUAUAGAGUUUGGAUAAUAGGCAAUGGACUUAUAUUACAGCAAGGGAGGUUUAGGUUGGACAGUAGGGAAAACUUCCUAACUGUCCGGGUAGUUAAGCACUGAAAUAUAUUGCCUAGGGAGGUAGUGAAAUUGCUGUCAUUGGCAAUUUUUAAAAGCAGGUUAGACAAGCACGUGUCAUGGAUGGUCUUGAUAAUACUUAGUCCUACCUCAGUGCAGGUAACUGGACAAGACGACUGCUUGUGGUCCCUUCCAGUCCUACGAUUCUAUGCAUUAGUCUUCUGAAUCCUGCAUGUCUCUCUUUGUGUACUGUGGAUCCGCAAGCCUGACAAUCAUGUAAAUUGUAUAGUGUUCUGUGCCAAGGCAUUCAGCCUUGUGUGGCCAUUGGGUAGAGUGGUUCAUCACUCCCUUUUAGGAAACGGUUUAUUUUUCCAAGCCAUGAAUGACUAUGGAAUAUUCCAGACAGACAUAACAACAUACAGCAUUGAGGAACCGGUAGCAGUUACAUCUGAACGCACCCCAAAAAACACAGACACAUUUGUGACUAUAUUUUCCUUGCUUUCUGGGCAGAUGGUGCAUCUCUCUGAGCAGGCAGCCUCCAUUCUGAAUUGUAAGAAGAAAUUUUUGGACUCCUCCCAGUUUGUGGUGCUGCUGGCCUCUCAAGAUGUCAGUGUGUUCUAAACACACACUAUCCAGUCCCACCUCCCACUCUGGAGCAUGGAAACUCAAGCAGUGGCAUUAUGUCUGGAUUUCAGAGCAGUCCCUUUGUUGGGUUACCUUCCUCAGGAUUUGAUUGGAACAUCCAUCUUGAUAUAUUUGCACCCAGAAGAUCACCCCUUUAUGGUUGCCAUUCAUCAGAAGAUCCUGAAGUUUGCAGGCCAGCCUCCAUUUGAGCAUUUGCCCAUAAGAUUUUGUACUCAGAAUGGAGAUGUUAUGUUGGAUACCAGAUGGUGCAGUUUUGUGAACUGGAGCAGGAAAGUCGUGUUCAUCAUUGGCCGGCACAAAGUCCAGACGAGCCCUCUGAAUGAAGAUGUUUUUGCUGCAAGAAGCAAAGAGGUGAGCAGUGUCAAUAAAGAGAUAAGAGAAUUGCAGGGACAAAUGUACAAGCUUCUCUUGCAGCCAGUUCAUAGCAAUGAUUCUAAUGGUUGUGGAAGUCUUGGUGGCAAUGGGUCUUAGGAACGUUACAUCAGCAUAGCGUCCUCUAGUGACUCCAGUGGGAAUUGUGCUGAGGAAAUACAGCAGAACUAUCUGACUCUUUCAUUCAUUGAAAGGGGGAGCAAACCCCAGGAUGUCAGGCUAAAGAGUUACUUGUUUUCCUUCUCUUUUGUAGAAGUGACUGCAAUAGAAGAUGCCACUGUGGGGUGUGAACAAAUUGAGCUGCCUCCUCUGAAUGCUCAGAGUCCCACUGUGGUUCUUGAGGAAUUUAAGCAAGUUGGACUAACAAAGGAGGUUUUGUCAGCCUACACUCUGAAAGAGGAGCAGAACUACAUUGACGGGCUCCACCAGAGGAUAUUGUCAUCUCUGUAUAAGUCCUGUCUCUAGCAAGGGAGCAGAAGCAACAGUGGAUUUUCCGAUGGUCAAAGUAGGCACCAGUUGUUCUGUGUGGUAAAUGAAUUAGUAAUUGAGUCUAAUUCUGCAUCUUGUGACCUAAUCAAUAUCUUACUAGUACUGCAAAUUCAAGCAGGAUGUUUUCUUCUAACUGCUGGGGCUUAAUAGUAGUCACAGCACAGAAGUCUCUACCCAGUCCUAGAUACUGCUAUCCUGGACUUGUAUCAGGACAUGUAACUCUUACAAUAAAUGCUGCAAAAGGCCACACAGCAGUGUAAUGCCUCCUAUUACUAGAACUCCAAUACGCUGAAAAAAUAGGUCGGGGUAAGCCUAGGAGAGCAGUCAGAGGGGCUGAUGGGAUAUAGAAGAGGACUGUCUGGGCCUGCUAGCAAAAAUUUUCCUACCUUGACUGGAGAAACUGUCCAGGGCGCAUAUUCUGCUAAAUUAACUCUCUGAAUGUGUUGCAUAUUCUGCAUUGUUUCUCCGAAGGCCUGUCUGUCUCUCCAGACCUGCUGCUUCAGUGAGUGACUAUUUUUCUCUCUUUUAGGAGACUCCCCUUCAAAGCAGACCAGCCCAGUUAGCUGUAGAAGAGGCAAAUGUAGGAAACUCAAGUGCCAGAACCCACUAGAGCCCUCAUACAG